UUCCUUAUUGAAGCGUCAUUGCAGUUAUUCAUUUGUUCCGUUGUGCUGCAGUAUCACUUAUGAAGACAUUUUAAACCAAUUUUAUAUAAUAUUAUGAUCACAAAGCAAAGAGUCUGGUAUUACUGAAUACCCUUAUUAUUUGUUUGGACAUAUUCAAUCGGAAUCACCAACACUUGUUACAUCAGGAGAGAUGGAAGCAGCUACUGUAGUUUCUCUCACCAUGGCAGUACUUUCAGGAUAUUGUGCUGGUCUAGAAGUGCUUCCACCUGGACCCGUGAAUGGAUCAUUGGGAGGAAAUGUGAUUUUCAAAACCACCAUCAAUCCAACCACACUUAUUUCAAUUGCCUGGGACUUUGGUGAUCCCCCUGUUUCCAUUGUUAACUUUGUCAACUCUGCAGGUCCUUUGACCGGAGAGGGAUAUGUUGGUAGGAUCAGUCUGGAAAAUAGCACUGGAUCUCUGGAGCUCAGGAAACUGACCCUGAAUGACAAUGGAACAUUCCGAGUGACCAUAAGAAAGGCUGAUGUUGUCUCUCUGGGAUAUACGUCACUGAAUGUUUAUGAGACCAUUUCAAACGUGACUCUGAGGGCCAACGUCAUUGAUCUAGUGGAACUGAAUGACACUGCCAUUUUCACCUGCUCUGUGUCCUCUGGCUCCUCCCCCCUUUCUUACCACUGGCUGAAUGGCAGCUCUGAGGUCACAGCCAGAGAUGGAAUUCAGCUUGGUGAUGGAGGCCGUACUCUCACCAUAGCCAAUGUGACCCAGUAUGACCAGGGUCCAUACAGGUGUAUUGUGUCCAACCCCGUCAGCAGAGAACCCAGCCAGAAUCUAACCCUCACCAUCAGCUAUGGUCCAGAAAACACAAGAAUGAAGGUGACCCCUCCAGAUGUACUGUAUGGAUCAGGGUCAAACCUCACUCUGUCCUGCUCCUCUGAGUCCAGACCUCCUGCCCAGUUUCAGUGGGCUCUGAAUGGAACACUGCUGUCCAAUAUAGGACCAGAACUCAGGCUGGAGAACAUCCAGGCCAAGCAGAGUGGUAGCUACAGCUGCUGGGCCCAUAAUACCAGAACCCUGAGGUACCAGACAUCUGAGCCCUCUGCCAUCACUGUGCUGGAACCAAUAUCUGGUGCUAUCAUAACAACUUCCCCAAAUCCUCCAAUCAUCGAGGGGAAUUCUGUCACCUUAACCUGUGAUGCUUCUGGCUCCAUCACCACCAGAGAGUGGAUGAAGGAUGGUCAGCUUCUGUCUGCUGGUGGCAACAUGAUCAUCUCUGAGGAUAAGAGAGUGCUGUCCAUAAACCCUGUGAAGAGAACAGACAGUGGAGAAUACCUGUGUAGAGUCAGCAACCCCAUCAGCACCGCUGAUGCUAAACACGAUCUCAUUGUAAACUAUGGACCUGAUGGUAUGGAAAUCAAGGGCCCAACUGAAAUAGAUGUAGAACAGAAGUUUACAUUGACCUGCUCUGCUGACUCCAACCCCCCUGCUAGUUACACCUGGAUGCUCAAUGGAACAGAGAUACCUGGACAUUCACCUGAGUUCACUAAAGAGAAGAGUGAAUACUCUGACAGUGGGGAUUACACCUGUACAGCAACAAAUGAUGUCACUAGAAACAAAACAUAUGUGGUCCAUAAACUGUCAGUAAAAGCGGAGGGCUCUCUAUCUCCUGGUGCCAUCGCUGGGAUUGUGAUUGGAGUACUGCUGGUUGUGGGAGGGGCAGUUGGUGUGGCAGUCUACUUCACGAAGAAAAAGGGUUUCUUCAUGAAAGAAUCCUCCAGUGGAAAUGGUGUUGGCAACAGUACAAGCUCUGCUAACGGUGGGGGACCAGGAGGAAACCAGGACCUGAACUAUGCAGACAUCACGCAAUUCCAGAAGAGGGACGGUGGGUCAGUUCAGCUGGGGAACCUGGGUACUUCCUCCACAGAGUACGCUCAGGUCCGAGUCAACAACCGGCCCAGUCAGCCUGCCGAACCGCCCACCUACCAAGCCCACCAAUCCCAGUAUUCCCAGGUGAACAAGCCCGCCCUUAAGACUGCCCCCGAUGCUGCAUCCACCAUCUACUCAGAUGUCCGAAGGAACUGACCACGCCUCCCUGUCAAUCAUCUGGACCAGCUGGGGUCAGUCAGGGCGACCAGGCCUGUUCAGACAUGGUCAGUGAAGCCCCACAACCUUCUGUGUCUACAGUAUGUGCCAACCAAACCUUUUCUAAUACCUUAUUAGGCCUUACAGAUCCCUGGACAAACAAAAAUGUCAGUUGACCCCUUAGCUAUUAUCAAUACAUUGGGUGCUCAUUUGUUUUAUCAUUUAUACUCAACUAAUAGUAAAUAAAUUAUAUUUCAUUGACAAUGUCGUAAUAGAUCUUGAUGGUCGUGAGUAUUUUGAUAUACACAAAAAAUACAGCUACAUACACAAUUAAAGAUAGUCUCUCUUACUGCUCUAUUCAGUUCUCAUACAUACUGUGGAGGUAACUGUACUGUACCACUUAUUGGGAAAAGCAUUAGCAUGCGUCCCAUGGUUUAGCAUAAUAGCAACAUAGAGGAACACCAUCUCUCAGGGUGACGUGGGUACCAUUACAUUUACGUCAUUUAGCAGACGCUCUUAUCCAGAGCGACUUACAGGAGCAAUUAGGGUUAAGUGCCUUUC